CAACGCCUGAUCUCAGUCAGGAUUUCUUCUCCUCACCUGGCGCAGCACUCGAAUCAGUCUCUGGUAACCCGAAAUAAUUUCAUCUUGAGCGAUGGUUGAAGAAAUUUCUAACAAGAGAAGCAAGGAGGCAGUGGAAGAGGACGUGCAACGGCUGAGGGACUGGCUCGACAAGCAGCCCCACCUCCCUCACGAUGUUGAACAUGUUCUUCUUUUGGCAUUCGUCUAUGGCACGAAAACUCUAGAAGCAGCCAAACGCAAGCUGGAUAAAUAUUACUCAAAUCGUAAUAGGAUGGUGAAAAUCUACGAUCAGGUAGCCAGAGAUGUGAACGCACGAUUCAGAGAGACGUCUCGAGCUGCGAACCAGUUCUUCUUGUCGAACAAUACCCCUAAGGGUUACAAAGUGUUUUUUGUGUCAAUGAACGAUGAUUGCUUUACCAAAGUGUUUGACCACAUGCACGAAGUGACUCGGAUGCUGAUGCUUCUGGAACUCCGCAUGAAACGGUGGCCCGAUUUGUGUGGAGCAGGAACUUAUAUCGUCUAUGACAGUGCUGGAAUGUCUUCUACGGAGUUCUCCAUGUUGAGUCCCACCGCCAUACUCGCUUGUUUGAAUGCUUUUCAGGAAGGAUAUCCAGUUAAGUUAAAUGGAUGCUUUUGUAUCAACGCUCCUUCUUAUGUUGAAAUUCUAAUUAACAACUUAAUUAAGCCUGCGGUGAAAGCCAAGAUAUUUGACAGGAUAAAAGUUGUCAACGAAGGAGCGUCAUUCCUAAAAAACUACAUGCCAUUGGAGAUGUUGCCCUCCGAUUACGGAGGAAAUGACAAAUCCUCGACCGAACUAAAUGAUUACUGGAUGGAUCAACUGGAGGAAAAUAGAGAAUGGUUCCUGCAAACUACAAAGCAUGUCUCAGACGAGAAGAAGCGCCCUCCAGACUCCCAGAACAGUUACGGAAUUGACGGCACCUUCAGGAAACUGGCUGUAGACUAAGCCAAAGAAAUUGUUAUUGUUUUAUUUAUUAAAAACUUAUAUGACAGUCUCAGAAAAGUACUAGGCAAAGAGUAUCAUAAAAUAAAAAUGCAAUGUUUAAAUAUAACACAAAAUGUUUUAUUCAUUUUCUUUUUAAAUCAUAACUGGCUGGAGUACUACAAUGUAGUGUUUUAAGCCCUCUUAUCAUUUUCCACUACA